CUUAAUCAUCACACGCUCUCCUCAUCUGCUUCUCUCCACCAAAAUCUCCGUGCAUUAGGGUUUUUCCAGUCCAGAGGCAGCUGAGUUCAUUUUGCUAUCUCAAUCGCUCGCACCAUGUCGAAGAGAAGAACAAGGGAACCCAAGGAAGAGAAUGUUACCCUAGGGCCUGCCACUAGGGAGGGAGAGCUUGUGUUUGGUGUUGCCCACAUAUUUGCCUCCUUCAAUGAUACUUUCAUUCAUGUUACUGACUUGUCUGGAAGGGAAACCAUGGUCCGCAUUACAGGUGGAAUGAAGGUGAAGGCUGACAGAGAUGAAUCCUCUCCAUAUGCGGCUAUGCUUGCGGCACAGGAUGUUUCUCAGAGAUGCAAGGAACUUGGUAUCACUGCCCUUCACAUUAAGCUCCGUGCCACUGGUGGCAACAAGACCAAGACUCCUGGCCCUGGUGCUCAGUCUGCUCUCAGAGCCCUUGCUCGUUCGGGAAUGAAGAUUGGAAGGAUAGAGGAUGUGACUCCAAUUCCAACCGACAGCACCCGUAGAAAGGGUGGUAGAAGGGGAAGGAGGCUGUAAAUUGACCUUCUUUGCCAAUAUAUUCGUUCAGUGGUGGUUGUUUGGGCCCAGUCUUCUUUUAAGUUGCGGAUUUUGUUAUUCCCGUUUAAUGCUUACCGAACAAUUUGUAGUUUAAACUGAAAUUGUGUUGGUGUUGGAGAUUAUACUUGACCUUGAUGGUUGUCCUGUUAUGAGAGCGUGGUUUUGCUGGAACAAGUUUAAAGCAAUAGUAUUCUCUCUACGUUAUAUGAAUCUUUAUGAAUCUUUAAGUGAUUGCUAGCAUUUGAUAUUUCCAAACGUUCUAUUAAUGAAAGAACAAAGAACGAAGGUCAAAGCUCAGCAGUGUAUAAACAAGCUGAGGCUAGAUCUCUUAAUGAGUUUGGGCUUGAGUUUUUUAUUACGUUGAGCUUGACUCAAUAACUAAUCAAGCAGAUAAAGGAGCUUCAACUUUGGUUCCUUGGAAA